AUGAUGCAAGAAAGGAAAGCAGUGAUCAAAAAUGCUGACAUGUCCGACGAGAUGCAACAGGAAGCGGCCGAUUGCAGUGGUGAGGCGUUGGACAAAUUCACCGUGGAAAAAGAUAUCGCGGCUUACAUCAAAAAGGAAUUCGAUCGGAAAUACGGGCCAAAUUGGCAUUGUGUAGUCGGACGACAAUUCGGAAGCUACGUGACCCACGAGAGCAAGCAUUUCAUCUAUUUCCACAUCGGUCAAUAUGCCAUUCUUUUGUUCAAAUCCGGAUAA